UAUGUGUGUGUGUCACUGUCAUGACCAAUUCUUGAAUGAUGUACACGUCUUUUAUUUUGUAAUGCUAAACUUUGCUUUGUCAUUCCUAUAUGUUUAAUACUGGAUGGGCUAAAUGCAUGAGCGCAUUAAAAAUAUUUUAUCUGCCUCACAUCUUUAACCAAUAAGGUAUCACUAUUUGAGUGCGGCAUAGUUGUUCUCUUGCAACUGCGACCUUGUGAAUUGAGUUAAGAAGCUUGGAAACUGUAAACAUGGAAACAACAACAGAUUCUGGGACUUCAUCAGGAGACUUUAGUGUCAAACAGUCCACAAAACUGGACAUCACAUCCGCAGGGUGCUCUCCAGCAGAAGUAGUAAACACUCCAUCUGAGGCGGCUCCAGCAGGAGCCGGGGAUACAGCUGAAGGGUUUGACAUGGGGAACAAUGCUAGUGGCCCUGCUGUUUCCAUAACACAGAUCAGGACCCUUGUCAAUGAUAGCAAUACAGUUACUACUGAGAAAAAAACCCUGGAUGAUUUAUUACCGGCCACAAGUUACUGCACUACAGACAUCACUGCCCCUGUGAAACUGAGGUUGGAAAAGGAAGGCCAUGCCUCUAUCAAACCUAUCACCAUGGAGACCAUGUUCAGACAAACAGCGGAAAAGUUGCCUGACACUAUAGCUCUAGGUGUGAAGAGAAAUGGUGUCUGGCAGAAGACCACGUUCAGGGAAUACUACAGCCUCACAAAACAGGCAGCCAGGGCUUUCAUCAAGGUUGGCCUUGAACCAAGACAUGCUGUAUCCGUACUGGGUUUCAACUCCCCUGAGUGGUUUAUAUCGUAUCUAGGAGCCAUCUUUGCUGGAGGAGUUGGUACAGGUAUCUAUGCAACAAACAGUCCUGAGGCAUGUGCCUUUGUGCUGCAAGACUCUUGCUCCAACGUGGUGGUGGUGGAGAACCACGCCCAGCUCCAGAAGAUCCUGCAGGUGUGGGACUCACUGCCCCACCUCAAGGCCAUUGUACAGUACACGGGGGAGGUGGCUGAACGCAGGGACAACAUCUACUCGUGGGAUGAGUUUUUGGCACUUGGAAACGAUGUCCCUGACUCGGCCCUAGAGGAGAGGCUGAGCAUACAAGCUCCAAACGCCUGCUGCUCCAUCAUAUACACUUCUGGGACAACUGGCAACCCAAAAGGCGUGAUGCUUAGCCACGACAAUUACACCUGGACCGCAGACAUGGUAUGUAAACAGUUGAAGCUCAACUUUGGCAAGGAGAUUGGCAUCUCAUUCCUGCCUCUCAGUCACAUAGCUGCACAGAUGCUGGACUUCAUAUGCCCUGUGCGGUGUGGCGGCAGUGUGUACUUUGCUCAACCAGACGCCUUGAAGGGAACACUUCUGGAUUCAUGGAAGGAAGUGAGACCCACGUUUGUGUUUGCUGUGCCCAGACUAUGGGAGAAAAUCAACGAAAGGCUUGUAACUGAAGGGGCAAAGCGACCCAAAAUGGCACGAAAGAUCUCAGCGUGGGCUCGGGAUAAGGGGCUGAAGGCUUCAAAGGGUGACAAGCCCUGGGGUUGGAGUUUGGCUAACGUUCUUGUGUUUAAAAAGCUUCGAAAUCUCCUAGGACUUGACCGGUGUAGGUUAUUUGGGUCAGGGGCAGCUCCAAUCAUGAAGGAAACCCUGGAGUUCUUUAACAGCCUCAACAUAUGCAUAUAUGAAGUCUACGGCAUGAGUGAAUGCACUGGUCCCCAAACAAUGUGUAGCGAUGGUGCAUAUCGUAUUACGAGUGUAGGCAAGGAGAUGAUGGGAGUGAAAACCAAGUUUGAGAAUCCAGAUGAGGAUGGCAAUGGGGAGGUGUGUUUUUGGGGUCGCCAUGUAUUCAUGGGGUAUCUGAAUGAUGAAGUGAAAACCAAGGAAUGCCUUGGAGACAACAUGUGGAUACAUUCUGGAGACAUAGGCAAAAAAGAUGAGGAUGGAUUCUUGUACAUCACAGGCAGAAUAAAAGAGCUUGUAAUUACUGCUGGAGGUGAGAACAUUGCCCCAGUGCCUGUGGAGAGCGCCGUAAAGGAGGCUCUACCCUGCGUCAGUAACUGCAUGCUGAUUGGUGACAAGCGCAAGUUCCUCUCUAUGCUCAUCACUCUCAAGACGGAAAUGAACCUGGACACUAAUGAGCCCCUUGACUCCCUGGCCCCUGAAACCCUCAGCUGGUACCGCGCACUGGGUUCACAGGCUAAAACAGUAGAGGAUGCUAUAGCUGACAAGAAUGUGCUCCAGGCUGUGCAGGUAGGGAUUGACAAGGCAAAUAAAAAGGCUGUGUCCAACGCGUCCAAGGUCCAGAAAUGGACAAUCCUUCCUAAAGACUUCUCUAUGCCAGGGGGAGAACUGGGCCCCACGCUCAAACUUAAAAGACCAGUAGUGGCUAAAAUGUAUGACAAAACCAUAUCAGCUUUCUACGAAGAAUAAGAGAAGAGUUGUCAUCUCAAACAGAAAUGUGUUUAUUAUUUGGUGAACAACUUUUUCAACUUGAUAUAUUUAACAUAUUGAGAUGUAUUAGUUUUGCUCUAAGCUCUUUGUUUAUUCAACAGAAAUAAAAUUAUUUGUCUCCUGAUAAUGUGUUGUCUAGUAGUGAAACUGCUGAUAGAAAUGCAUAAUAUGGUAUCUCCACAUGGAGAGGUUGAACUUCGGAAGUACUUUUUGGCUUUCAUGUUUUGAUUUCUUUCUGAUAUCUUACUGCUGAUAUAAUUUGUUGAACUGUGUUAUUAGCUUCAUUUGGGCAGUGUCAUGCAAAAUGGGUCUUACUAAAUAUGAGGCCAUCAUAGCUGCAGACCAGUCUGUGCAUCUCCUAAUGAAACCAUGAAAACGAAACCUUGUGUUACUUUAUUGCGGACAGGGUUGCUCCAGACCAGACUGGGCUGAUGGAGAGUCUGGUCUGCAAGUAACCAGGAUGUUGCAUGAGACCCGUAGUUGCAUUACACUGCUCAUUUACUGUUUACCCUUUGCAUGCUGGGAAAUCUGUCGUCUGCUAAAAUGUGGUCUGCUGAAUUUCUUAAAUUAGCAUUUUCUUUGAUUUUUUUCAAAGAAUACUAUCAGAAUAGCAAACAGUUUGGAUCCUGAUGAGACGCCACGUUCUGUGGCGUUUCAUCUGGAUCUAAAUUGUUUGCAAAUGCCUUUAAAAUUCGGUUCCAGCGCUGAAAGGGUUAAUAUGGGCUUGUUUAUGUUUAUUUCACUACAAAAUAUUAAAAUUAUUGUCAGAGCAAUGUCUUUAAUGAGCACCUUAUUUCAAGUUUGCCUUUAUUUCAAAUUUGUAAAAAUAUAAUAGUAUAGAGCAAAGUGCCUGAACCCGUGCUUAGAUCGAUUGUACAGCCUUUUACCAUUUUUGCACCUAUAUAAAUUAAGCGUGAGCCAAAUUUCACUAACAUCUAACACUUGAAAUUGAUAAUAUAUUGAAAUUGCUAGUUCAGAUAAUGCUUUGAAUUUAUUGCAAUGCUGGUGCUGGUGAUUAUUCCAUGUAGAAUCAAAUCCAAUGCUUCCGGUAUGUGUUUUUGUAUGGAGAGUGUUGUUUGUGUGAUGAUGGUUGUUUUUGUUACAAUAAACUAAGCUCAUUUGAAGUUGCAAUGUGAACUAAGUUAAAUUAAGUUCAUUUGAAGUUGCAGUGUGAACUAAGUUACAGUUUAAAAUAAGUUACAUGUUAAUCUAAGUUCCAUGUUAAACUAAGUUAUAGUUAAAGAUUAAACAAAGUUACAGUUACUGUUUUAACAAAAUUUUGAUUAACGCUUGAAGUUUUGGGUUAAGAUUAGUUUGUAACCAUAUCGAGUCUGUAAUUAUGCAGGUCUUUUUAUGUUGCUUUUUAUUGUAAAUAGUUUAUAUUGUGGCGUUACAUGUAACAUGUAAAACUUUUGUGACCAUUUUCAAACUUUGGGCAUUAAUGCUUACUGCCAUGUAUUUUCUUUGUUCUGUUUGUUGAGCAUCUUGUCUGUGUACUGAUUGUAUUCAUGUUUGUUAGUCCCCUACCUGUGUAACAAGACAAAAGACGAUAAUUAUUGUUGGUAUGGUUAGGGAUGCAAUUGUUCCAGAAAUUAAAAAAAAUAAUUGUAAAUUAGCUACUUUAAUGAAACUUGUUAUGUAUGUUAUUCCAGUUUUGUUUGUCUGUCCAUCAGGCAGAAAAUGUGGAUCCUGUCCUCAAAAAGUAAUUAAGCUAUGUUGAGGAACUGGAUAUGUGGAUAAAGGGCCAUAUGGGUAAUAUGCACGUUAUUUCAGCUUGAUAUCAUAAGAUGAAUAUUGUGGUUGCUAUAGUUACAUAAAUAAGUAAAAACCAAAAUUUACUCCUGCAAAAACUUACAAAGAACUGAAGCUAAGUUGAUGAAACUCUGUAUGUGAAUAAGGGGCAAUAUGGGGAAAAUGUAUUUUAUUUUAGCUUUGUCUUUCUGUCCUUCAAAAAAAUCUGAGUCCUUCAAUUUAUCAGAAAACUUAAGGAAUGUUUGUAAAACUCAGUAUGUGGAUAUAGAGCCAUGUAGGAAAAAUGAAUGCUAUUCCAAAAAAAAAUGACAGAUACAAUUUGUGUUUGCUACAUGUACAUGUAUGAGUACAGAAAUAAAAUUGAAACGGAAAUUUGGAUCCUGUUGCAACUUAAAAAGUAUUCUUAGAAUUAUAGCUUGGUUGAUUAGACAAGAUACGUGGUUGGAGACUUAUAUGAUGAAUGCAUGUCCUAUCAGUUUUGAACCCAAAUUGCAGUUGCUAUGGUUAUGGAAAUAAUUGAAACUAAAAUAUGCAUUCUGCAUGCCUAAGAAGUACUUAAGCUAACUGAACUUUUACUCAGUAGCGGACUGACUGCUGUUUUGUCUGUCAAAUCUCUUGUUAAAUGUAUUUGUGUUCUGAAUAUAUUCAUGUUUGUUCAAUUUAUUUGUGCCCUGUAUAUAUUCAUGUUUGUUCUUUUCAUUUGUAUAUGGCAACAUACAUAAUCAACACAAAUCUAUCAUUUAUACUUGUAUUCAUUAGAAAGCUGUCCUACAGCAAACUCAUUCCUUUCAUUUGACUUGAGUUGUGACCCGCAGACAAUUCUUUAAUAACCCAACAUCCACUCUUCACACACAAUACUAAUCUAUGCAUUAAUUGAUAGGAAUGAAUUUUGACGUUUGUGUCAGAAAAUGUUAUAAGCAAUCUUUUAAGACAUGAUUUUUUAGAGGAAAUUGACAGAUCUGAAAAUGUAGUACAAUAGUAUCAAUGUCAUCAACUGGAGUUGGCAAAUUAGGAAUGAAAUUUAUUUUCUCUCUUUUGUGUUUGAACCCAUGCUUUUAAGGAAAUAUGUCUGAUUAUAGUACAAAUUUAAAUAAUACAUCACAUGUGUGCUGCAAAUCAAUGUUACUUUAAUAAUAAGUGGAUUACAAAACUUGUUUUAAAAUUAAAGUACAGUCUUGUAUUUAAUUUUUCUGCAUAACUGGAUUUCUGCAUGACUACGUGUCAUAGAAAUACUAUUUUGUACUCAAAUGAAAUAUGGAACAAUUUUGGUAAAUAACAAUAAUCGGCAGACUUCCUGUGCAUCUAUUGUGAAUGCUGUUUGCUGUUAAAAAAAGAAAACAUUUUUACAAUGAUUAGAACAAAUUAUUCUCUUGAGAUUAUUUGUGGAUCAAUAAUUUUGUUUUAGAUUUACUUUAUUAUGUUUUAAUGAACUUUGUUCAUGUUUAUGGCUACAUAUUACUACAAAACAUUCCAAAACACAUUGUUCAUUUAUGUGAGCUUUAUCAUCAUGAUCUGUUACUUAAAUUGAACCAUAUUGUUGAACGUAUAUGUAUGUCCCAUGUUGUCCCAUUAAUAUAUAUCGUUUCAAAACAUAUAUUCAUUUUAUAUAAUUUUGUUGUCUUGGUAUUGUUUAAUAACUACAUGUUUGCCUUCUUAGAUGAUUUAUAAAAAUUUACUUCUUAAAGAUAACCCAAGUUUUUUCCAAAGCUUAAUGCUUAAGCUAAUGUAAGCUAUUCACUUGAUGCUUCAAUGGUAGAAAGAAAGGGUUAUCACUAAUUAUUCCCCUUCCAGUUUUACCGGAGGGGACUUAUGGUUUUGUAUCCGUCAGUCCGUCACACUUUUCUGGAUCCUGCGAUAACUCUAAAAGUUUUGAAUAUUUUUUCAUGAAACUUGGAAUAUGGAUAGAUGGCAAUAUGGACAUUAUGCACAUCAUUUAAUUUUGUUCCGACGUCAAAAAUUGUGGUUGCUAUGGCAACAAAUAGACUAGAAAUACUGCUGAAAAUGGUGUUUUUUUUCUGGAUCCUGCAAUAACUCUAAAAGUUCUUAAUAUUUUUUCAUGAAACUUGGAAUAUGGAUAGAUAGCAAUAUGGACAUUAUGCACGUCAUUUAAUUUUGUUCCUACGUCAAAAAUUGUGGUUGCUAUGGCCACAAAUAGACUAGAAAUACUGCUGAAAAUGGUGUUUUUUUUCUGGAUCCUGGGAUAACUUUGGAAGUUCUGAAUAUUUUUUCAUGAAACGUGAAACAUGGAAAGAUGGCAAUAUGGACAUUAUGCAGGUCAUUUCAUUUUGUUCCUACGUCAAAAUUUCUGGUUGCUAUGGCAACAAAUAGACUAGAAAUACUGCUGAAAAUGGUGUGUUUUUCUGGAUCCUGCGAUAACUUUAAAAGUUCUUAAUAUUUUUUCAUGAAACUUGAAACAUGGAUAGAUGAAAAUAUGGACAUUAUGCACGUCAUUUAAUUUUGUUCUACGUCAAAAAUUCUGGUUGCUAUGGCAACAAAUAGACUACAAAUAAUGCUGAAAAUGGUGGUUUUCUGGAUCCUGCGAUAACUUUAAAAGUUCUUAAUUUUUUUCAUGAAACUUGGAACAUGGAUAGAUGGCAAUAUGGACAUUAUGCACGUCAUUUCAUUUUGUUCCUACGUCUAAAAUUAUGGUUGCUAUGGCAACAAAUAGACUAGAAAUACAGCUGAAAAUGGUGUUUUUCUGGAUCCUGCGAUAACUUUAAAAGUUCUUAAUAUUUUUUCAUGAAACUUUGAACAUGGAUAGAUGGCAAUAUGGACAUUAUGCACGUCAUUUCAUUUUGUUCCUAUGUCAAAAAUUCUGGUUGCUAUUGCAACAAAUAAAAAAAAUAUUCUGACAUUGGUGGAAUUUCUGACAAUGGUGGAGCCGGUAGGGGACUUUUAUUGCUUGGCAAUAGUCUUGUUAUUUAUGAGAUACACAAAAGGUCUGUGCAUGUGCACUUCCCCAGAACUAUCAACCUAUCCAGUUUCAUGUGGAUAACUAAGAGGUAUGCUCCAGACAUCUAUGAAAGGGAACACUACAGACUUGAGUAAGUUGAAACAAAUAUCAGAGUAUCAUAUUACAGAAAUACCAUUCCAUAUAUAUUUUAUGUAAAAAAGGCACACACAAUCCAUGUGUUCACCUCGCUGUUAGUGUGGUGCUCAAUGACAAAUAUCACAUCACUUGUUCACAUUGAAAUAUAAGACACAAGUAUGCUUCUUUUCUUUCAUGACACAAUUGCCCAUGUACAUGAUACCUGAAUGUAAUUGUUUGAUAUCUACAUAUCAUUCAAGACAUAUACUGUAAAGGUUUUAUAUAUGCAUAUAGUUUAUAGAUUUACUUAUGGUUAAUAAAUUUUUUUAUAUA